AAUAAAAAAAGGAACUUCCAUUUAUGUACGUGACGAUGAAACGCACAUGAAAAUAGCCAGAAAGUCAUUAUAGGAUCCAUUAUUAUUUUCAUAAUCUUCAGAAGUAAAUGAACCACUGGCAGAAGGUUGUAUUCAUCACGGAGGAGAGGACAUAUAUGAGAGCCAUGCUGUGCUGGAGACUUUUAGCGCUGUUUGGAAUCUGUACUUUAGCAACAACAACGUGGGCUUUGGAAGCUUGUCCGGCCAACUGCGUUGACUCAGAGUGCUCUGCCCUCGGAUGUGUACAAUGCGAUGAAGGUUUCUACCUUUACCCGGAUCCAAACGCAGGAAAAAGUGUCUGCAUAGAGUCAUGUCCAGAUGGAUACUACACAAACCCUGUUAGCUGGUGUGAAGAAUGCGAGACUGUCAACUGUGCCGUUUGUUCAGACGAGUACACAUGCACUGAGUGCAAACCGGGAUACGAAGUGAACAAAGAUGGCGAUUGCGUGUUCAGUUCUUACCGAGUUUAAACGACUGUUAGAGUAUGACCCCAUCGAAAUUGUAGAAUUUCAAACCGUCUUUAACUGGUAGAAUAAAAUUGUGUAGUUAUACUAUCGUAUUUUUACGGAAUUAGUGUUGUAUUGCUUUCCUUGGCUUGGAAGGUCAUGUUUUUGUUUGAGAUUUACUUGUUUGUAUUGACAACUUUAUAGAAUAGUUUAACUUUAUGGAAAAAAGUGUAAAGAAAUUUGGUGCGCAGGUUAGACCUGGAAUAAGGCCCAAUCCGUUAAAUCAAAAUCAAAAUCAGAAUCAAAAUCAAAACCCGGAGAUCAGAGAUGUUUCAAAGGUGGGGGAAACAUAAAAGAAGUUCAGAUGAAAGAUUGUCAAAAAAAUAGUUGCAAAGAGAAAAAGAUACUUGAAAAUAUUUUUUAUGUGGUGGGACCAUCACUUUGUAUAUUUUGUCUUUGUGUAAUGAUGUUGUAAAUGAGGAUAUGCCAAGAGGUCGUCCCAAAUACCUACCAUACAACAACAUAUUUUCAUGGAAGAGAAAAAUCAAAUUUGC